AUGAAUUGGAUAAAUUCUACGAAUGCUAAAGAAAUUGGUACUUUAUAUUUAAUAUUUUCAGUAUUUUCAGGUAUGAUAGGGACUGCUUUUUCAGUUUUAAUUAGAUUAGAAUUAUCAAGUCCAGGAGUACAAUUUUUACAAGGGGAUCAUCAAUUAUUUAAUGUAAUUGUUUCAGCUCAUGCUUUUGUAAUGAUUUUCUUUAUGGUAAUGCCAGGUUUAGUAGGUGGAUUUGGAAAUUAUUUUUUACCAAUACACUGUGGAAGUCCAGAUAUGGCUUUUCCAAGAUUAAAUAAUAUUUCAUUUUGGUUAUUGCCACCUUCUUUAAUCUUAUUAUUAUUAAGUUCAUUAGUUGAAAAUGGUGCAGGUACAGGAUGGACAGUAUAUCCACCAUUAGCUGGAAUACAAUCACAUUCAGGAGGAGCUGUAGAUUUAGCUAUUUUUAGUUUACAUUUAGCUGGAGUAUCUUCAUUAUUAGGAGCUAUAAAUUUCAUAAGUACAACAUUAAAUAUGAGAACAAAUGGAAUGUCAUUACAUAAAUUACCUUUAUUUGUAUGGGCUAUAUUUAUUACAGCUAUAUUAUUAUUAUUAUCAUUACCUGUAUUAGCUGGAGCUAUUACUAUGUUAUUAACUGAUAGAAACUUUAAUACUAGUUUCUAUGAUCCAGCUGGAGGAGGAGAUCCAAUAUUAUAUCAACAUUUAUUCUGGUUCUUUGGUCAUCCUGAGGUAUAUAUUUUAAUUAUACCUGGAUUUGGAAUAGUAAGUCAUAUAGUAUCAACAUUUUCAGGUAAACCAGUAUUUGGUUAUAUUGGUAUGGUAUAUGCUAUGUUCUCUAUUGGUAUUUUAGGUUUCUUAGUUUGGUCUCAUCAUAUGUUUGCAGUGGGAUUAGAUGUAGAUACUAGAGCUUAUUUUACUGCAGCUACAAUGGUAAUUGCUGUACCUACAGGUAUUAAAAUCUUUUCUUGGUUAGCUACAUUAUAUGGAGGUAGUUUAAGAUUUAGUACUCCUUUAUUAUUUGUAUUAGGAUUCUUAGCUUUAUUCACAGUAGGUGGAUUAACUGGAGUAGUAUUAUCUAAUGCAUCAUUAGAUGUUGCUUUCCAUGAUACUUACUAUGUAGUUGCUCACUUCCAUUAUGUGUUAUCUAUGGGUGCUGUAUUUGCAUUAUUUGCAGGAUUUUAUUAUUGGACACCAAAAAUAGUAGGAAGAACAUUUAAUGAUUUACUAGGUAAAAUCCAUUUCUGGACUUUAUUUAUUGGAGUUAAUUUAACUUUCUUCCCUCAACACUUCUUAGGAUUAGCUGGAAUGCCUAGAAGAAUACCAGAUUAUCCUGAUGCAUUUAGUGGAUGGAAUGCUAUAUCUAGUUUCGGUUCAUUAAUAUCAGUAGUAGCUACUGUAUUAUUCGGAUAUAUUAUUUAUGAUAUAUUCGCUAACCAACCAAAUUCUUCAAAUAAUCCUUGGGCUGUAGUUCCUUACUUUACAAGCUUAAAUGAAUUUAAAAAUAAUGAAAAAGGUGUAAAUACAAUUGAAUGGACAUUAGCUAGCCCUAUCCCAUUCCAUGCAUUUAAAAUGUUACCUAUACAAUCUUAA